AUGGAUCAAGUAACGAAGCUACGCAUGAACCUGGAGAAACAGGAAAGCCUCAUAAAGUUGGGCAUCCUGACAACGGCGGCUAUUCUGUCUUUCUCGACGCGUCUUUUCUCCGUCCUGCGGUUCGAGAGUGUCAUCCACGAGUUCGAUCCGUACUUUAAUUACCGCACCACGAAGCAUCUUGCAGAGCAGGGAUUUUAUAACUUUCACAACUGGUUUGAUGAUCGAGCGUGGUACCCGUUGGGCCGCAUCAUCGGUGGCACCAUCUAUCCCGGCUUGAUGGUCACCUCGGCCGUCCUGUACCGUUUGAUGUGGCUGGUGAACAUUACCGUCGAUAUACGGAACGUGUGUGUCUUUUUGGCUCCAUUCUUUUCCUCGCUUACCACCAUCGUCACGUAUCUGCUGACGAAGGAAAUUCACAGCAGCGGUGCAGGACUCGUGGCUGGCGCCAUGAUAUCGAUUGUGCCUGGAUACAUUUCGCGCUCGGUUGCUGGUUCGUAUGAUAAUGAAGGUAUCGCCAUAUUUUGCAUGUUGUUGACCUACUACACCUGGAUUAAGGCGGUAAAGACGGGUGCAAUCCUGUGGGCAACGUUUGCCGCACUAGCCUACUUCUACAUGGUGUCCUCAUGGGGUGGCUACGUGUUUCUUAUCAAUUUGAUUCCGCUGCACGUACUAGCGCUGAUGGCGACAGGACGCUUUACGCAUCGGGUUUAUAUCGCAUACAGUACGCUGUACACGAUCGGCACGAUACUUUCGAUGCAGAUUUCGUUCGUCGGAUUUCAACCGGUACAAAGCUCGGAGCAUAUGCUUGCGUUCGGUGUGUUUGGUCUCUGUCAGCUACACGCAUUCGUGGAUUAUGUACGGUCUGCCGUACCGAAGGAACACUUCGAAACACUAUUCCAAGCCCUCAUCGUGACAAUAGCGUCCGUGGCCGCACUGACUGGGCUGGCGCUAACCGUUACGGGCAAAAUUUCCCCCUGGACCGGGCGAUUCUACUCACUGCUCGAUCCGUCAUACGCGAAAAAUCACAUCCCCAUCAUCGCGUCCGUAUCCGAGCAUCAGCCAACGUCUUGGUCGUCGUUUUAUUUCGACCUGCAAAUACUAGUGUUUCUGUUUCCGGCUGGACUGUACUUCUGUUUUUCUAAGCUAUCAGACGCAAAUAUUUUCAUCAUCCUGUACGGAGUGACUAGCAUCUACUUUGCGGGCGUUAUGGUGCGUCUGAUGCUGGUACUUGCGCCAGUCAUGUGCAUCCUGUCCGGCAUUGCCAUCUCGCAUCUGCUGACCAAGUAUAUCCGCAACAUGGACGCGGGUGGAGCGGGUGUUGCUACCGUCACGGAGAGCAGCAAUCGUAAGACGAAAGCGCGUUACGAGCAGCAGUCGUCGGUGAAGAAUGAAGUUGCAGUUGGAUUCGUACUACUUGUCACGUUUCUGCUCAUCACGUACACAUUCCACUGCACUUGGGUUACGUCCGAGGCGUAUAGCUCGCCCAGCAUUGUGCUAAGUGCCCGUUCGCAGGACGGUGGAAGAAUCAUCUUUGACGAUUUCCGUGAGGCGUACUAUUGGCUGAAGAUGAAUACACCUGAGGAUGCACGUGUAAUGUCUUGGUGGGAUUACGGCUACCAAAUAACGGCAAUGGCAAACCGUACCAUACUGGUGGACAAUAAUACUUGGAACAAUACUCACAUUUCUCGCGUGGGUCAAGCAAUGGCAUCAACCGAGGAAAAGGCGUACGAAAUAAUGAAAGAGCUGGACGUGGACUACGUGCUGGUGAUCUUCGGCGGAUUAACUGGCUACUCGUCAGAUGAUAUCAACAAAUUCCUUUGGAUGGUUCGUAUUGGUGGCAGCACGGAUCGUGGUGCCCAUAUUAAGGAGAUGGACUAUUACGCACCAAGUGGAGACUUCCGAAUCGAUAAGGAAGGAUCGCCCGUCCUGCUGAAUUGCUUGAUGUAUAAAAUGUGCUACUAUCGCUUCGGUCAGGUAUAUACGGAGGGUGGCAAAGCGCCCGGGUACGAUCGGGUCCGGGGGGCUGAGAUUGGGAACAAAGACUUCGAGCUGGAUGUGUUGGAGGAAGCGUACACGACCGAGCACUGGCUGGUGCGAAUUUACAAGGUGAAAGAUCUUAGCAAUCGUGGCGUUUAA